AACAAGUUCUGCUGACUCUGUUCUGCUGCACUUUUCCGCCUCGCCCUUGCCCGCACUCCUCGCCCGCAUCGGCGCCCGCUCUCCAACGACUACUCUUCAACUACACGGACAGCACAUCCUUGGCCAUUUGCGCAAACCCCGUCAACCAUGGCCUCUAGCCAGGACAUAACGUCGGCAUUGCCCUUUGGCUUUCUGACCGCCAACCCCUUCGCAAACGCUGUCAGUGAUGCCUACCGAUCCUUCUCGGAUCGCAGAGCCAAGCUCGGCCUCACAAACCCCGGCACUGUCGAGGGCAUUAGCAAAGAGGUCCAGCGUGAGGUCUCCCUUACCAACUAUAUGCAUACCGGCCUUCGAGCCGAUCUCACAAAGGCUGUGAGCCUGUCGCCCUUGUUCCAAGUAUCACACCAGUUUGCCAUGGGCGAGCACAUGAAACCAUAUGCUUUUGCUGCGCUCUUUGGCACCAAUAACGUGUUCUUGCAAGGCAGCGUAGACAAUGAUGGCAUAUUGUCGACGCGUUUUAAUUACAGGUGGAAUUCUGCGCUUGUUACCAAGUCUCAGUUCCAAAUAGGCUCCCCUCAGGAUAUGACAUCGAUCGAGCACGAAUAUACCGGCAGCGAUUUUACUUCAUCUCUUAAAAUGUUGAACCCCUCGUAUCUUGAGGGUGGCUUGACAGGUAUCUUUAUACUCAGCCAUCUCCAGGCUAUCACAAAAAGACUGUCUCUUGGUGUUGAAGCUGUCUGGCAACGCGCCGCUUUGAGCCAGCCUCCCGAAUCCGCCACAUCCUAUUCCGCUAGAUACAAGGCUGAGGAUUGGAUUGCGACGGCACAGCUCCAUGCUGCUCAAGGCGCAUUGAAUGCUACAUACUGGCGCAGACUAUCUGAUAAGGUACAGGCCGGCGUUGACAUGACUCUCCAGGUUGCCCCUAGCCCUGGUGGCAUGAUGGGUGGCUUGCAAAAGGAAGGUGUCACCUCGGUUGGUGUCAAGUACGACUUCCGCAUGUCUACAUUCCGUGCUCAGGUUGACUCCAAGGGCAAGCUUGGCUGCCUCCUCGAGAAGAGGGUGUUACCUCCUGUCACCAUGUCCUUCUGCGCCGAUGUUGAUCAUAUGACCCAAAAUGCCAAGGUUGGCCUCGGUAUAACCAUCGAAGCUGGAGGGGAGGAAUUACAGGAGCAACAGGAAGCUUUGGGUGCUCAAGCGUCUCCCAACAUACCCUUUUAAUCCAACCCUCACCACGAGAUCUCCCCUCUUAUUAAGGUAGUUCGAAUGCACGCUGGAGCGGUGGGAUUCUUUCAGCUCUCAGCUGGGCCCUUAACCAACGAGCAUGAAGCCUCGAAAUUUAGGUCAACUACUAUUUUCCCUCCACCUUCUGUGUUAAUAACCGAUUCGCCAAUGUUUUCGUAAGGCGGGCCACUCCAUCCAACCAUGAUGAAUAUAGAGUUAUAUCUCAGAACUGAGUCACAAUUCGAUCUGGGCUAGGGCUAGGGCUAGGGUACCAGGGUGAAACAGCUGGGUACUGUGUACAAUAAGGAAACGGCAACUCUAGAAGGGGCAAAAACGGCUGCAUGUCUUGGUGGUCACAGAUAGCAGGUUUGGCAGGCUGUUUUGCCUGCGGCAUUUGAUUCUUAAAAC